GUCGAGUAUAGUAGAAUGUUGUCUACUUGUGUUUUGUACAGUAUUUGUUGUUUAAACCGUGCGAGGUUUCUCUUAGUCUUACGUAGUGUUGGCAAGGGAUCAUAAACAAGUGUAGAUACUUUUUAUGUAGCACAUAUUGCAGAUGCGCAGUGAUAACUAUUAUACGGACAUUUUCGUUGCAUGACAGUAAACAAACGUACGUUAAUUAACUGUUCAAACGGGAAACAAUGGUGGCAUUGUUUGUAAGAUGUAUGCUUGUCUUGUGUGUAUCAAUUCAAAUAGGUGGAUCAGUCAGAGUUAAAAGGGGAUUUUGCUCUACAAGAAGCCUAGACAUAAAAAAUGGAGACUACAGACUACGUUCCGGAAAUUCUGUGGCAGAAUUUUGGUGUAACGAUGGCUUCCAGUUGUAUGGCAUGGAGCGAGCGGUGUGCUUCACUUCAAAAUGGUCAAACGAUCCGCCCCUGUGUAUCGCAAACACUUGUAAAGCCAUACUACCGACGUCAACUUUGAAGAUUUCACAAGAAUUUGACGGAGCUGUGCUAAAGUUUUCGUGCGCAGCGAUGUAUAAACUGAAAGGUGAAAUCAAACUUAUCUGUGACGGAACUGACUGGAGCGCGCCUACACCAUCUUGCACACCUUGGAAUCCCCCGCUUUCAUGUGAUUUUGAAGAAACAGAUCUGUGCGGCUGGUCUCACCACGACAAAGACGACCAAGACUGGAGAUGGAAUUCCGGAAAGACUAGUACGUCACGUACGGGUCCUACCCAUGACCAUACGCUUGGUGAUGGAAAAGAUGGUCACUACAUGUAUUUUGAGACAUCAAGUCCAACAAGGACUAACCAUAAAGCCAUCUUGCAAUCUCCGCUGUAUCCAGGGGACUAUAGCCAACAGAGAUGUUUCAAAUUCUGGUAUCAUAUUCUAGGUGUUGGCGAUAUUGGUGACCUUGAAGUUUUCUUCAAGCCGGAGAGUGUUACCGAUCUAAAUACACUGGAUCGCGUGUUUCAUACAAAUGAAGAUGGCGGCGAUGUUUGGUAUGAGAAAAGCAUUCCCAUUCCCCUGCAGACACAAGCUUUUCAGAUUUUAUUGGUAGCAACUCGAGGAACUAGUUAUAGAAGCGAUUUUGCCGUCGAUGAUGUCUCUCUUGAAAUUUGCCAAGAUAAUGUAACAACAGGUGGAACUGUCCCGCCAACUACCAAGCUACCCACUCCUACCACGAAGAAAACUCAACCACCAUCAACAGAAACUACGAAAAUCGUUACAAAAACAAUACCAACUACAACAACAACAACAGUAAAAACAACAACAAGGGUAACAACAACAAAACCAACAACAACAGUUCCAACAACUCAGGUACCAACAACAAGGCGAAUAACAACAUCGAAGACUACGGACAAACCAACGGCUAAAACAGAUAACAUACAAUCAACAACAUCAAAAACACAGCAAGUAUAUACAGAUGAAACAAAAAGCACCCAGUAUAAAAAGACACUUAAACCUAAAAUUAACCCUAAUUUGCCUUCUUCACAGGAGUCGAAGCAUAUUCCCGGAGAAGAUAGAACCGGUCCCUCUAGUAUUGUGUGGGUGGUCUUGGGUGUUGCAGUAGUUUUGGUGAUUGCUGGUGCAGUGGUUUUUGGUAUUGUUAUGUACCGACGCAGUAACAGACGUCGUGAGAAACUCGAUCCAUUAAGUUCCACAAACCCGUUGUAUACCGCAGUAAAUGGGGACGAAGCGACUGUUCAUUUUGCUGCCGAGGAUCCCGAUGGGCACGGGGGAUACUGAAAAUGAUUUUUUUAAGAAAUCGGACAAUCGAAGGAUUACGGAAUAAGUUUAAAUGAUAUGAAAACUAAAUGAAAAAAAAAUGUGCUGGCUUCUUGAUUAGAGCCAUAAUGAAUGAUAUUCAAACCAAAGUACCUUUUUUUAAGUCUGAGAUGAGAUUUAAACAAAUGUUGAACGUAUUUAGAAAAUGUAGCAUUGGUCCACAAAAACGGUCGUUUUAUCUCUUACAAAAUAAAGUGAUGUUUAAAGCUUUUAUUCAUACAAUAUUCUAAUAACAUGAAUUAUAACUUGAUGUGUAACUAUGGGAGAUAACGCACGUUUUUUCGUGUUAUAACAUCUACCAGGGAUUGGUUGGUGCCAGGGCAAAUUAAAUGCACUGGUAUUGUUUUCAAUCAAGUAUGACGAAAGGAGAAAAUGCGAACUUUCUUACAAUAUUUUAAGAAAAACCAAAACAGUAUAAAAUUGUUUUCGGUUGUAGAUGAAACAUGAUGACUUAAGUUUACACCAUUUCUAUCAAGAUAUCGUUGACACAGAGCAAAAUGUCAUGUUUGCUACUACAAUCAAGCUGGUAGAAGAUAAAAAUGAAUGACUUUUUUCCUGUAGAAUAGGGAGAACCUAACUUUGUAGACUUAGAUCUGCAAAGCAUUGUGGUACAGAGUAAAAAUCAUAAUGUACCGCGGUAAGAAUGUAUAGCCGAUACUCAUGCAUAGUAUUUUAGUUCCAUAUCUUAUCUGUGAUAUUUUUGUAGUUUUAAGAAACCGAAACCUUUAUAACUCAGAUCGUGGAGAUCUACGCUUAGGAAUAUUCUUUUGUCAUCAAUUUCAUGACUCAGGACUUAAAAUUUUGAAAUAGAAUUGAAUUUUAAUUGAUAUACUAUAUUCUAUAGAUUAUAAGGAUCUUACAUGCCUGCCUGUGUAAGACGGGGUUUUCCCUACCCGAGGGACAGUGUGGAAUGGAAAACCGAGCGUUAGCAAGGUUUUUUAUCCGUGCUGUCCCGAGGGUAGGGAAAACAGCUGUCUUACACAGGCAGACAUGUUAGAUCAUUUUUCUUGCCUAUCAUGUUCAAAAUAGAUCGUGGAGACAAAUAGGUCUUUGGUAUUUCCUGACAUUAUUAUAAAGUUUAUGACGUCACAAUGGUACCAGUACUAUGUGGCGUCACCUUAGUGCACGCUAUUUUAGACAAGGUUUUUUCCCUAGGGAAAGACAGGAAUAUCUAUCCCCGGCGCGUGCUCGGAUAAAUGUAUACUUUCCCCGCUAGGUAGUGCAUAUUGAUUUGAGGGCCGUAGACCAGAAAGUCCUACUUUGAGGGCAAUUAAGUGAUAAUCGCACAAGACAAUCUAUUAAUUCUUCAGCUACCUGCAGGCAUCCGCAAUUAACUGAGUUUCAUAGCAUCGAUUUAUUAUGGAACCGGCCAGUUAACAGAUGACGUCAUUAAGGAGGUAGGUUACCUUGUUACAAGGGUAAAUUCAAAUUAGUUGAACCGCAGCAUCUUUUUGUAUUUCGUGUAAUAUGAAGUUUUAACUGCUAAAAUCUCAGUUUCGUUUGUCUCUGUCCCUUCAAGUUCAAUUUUUACCCAGGUUUGAAGAACAUGACCCUCCAAAGGUAUUUCUUAUUGAAAGAAGAAGGAAAAUACGGAUAUUUAGCACUUUUCGGUGUAUUUUAGUUUCAUUGAUAUUCAUAGAAGUCCGCAUAAUCUAUAAUUUUACUAGUAUGCACGUUAGCUUUCUAAUAUAAGCUUUAAAUGUAUAUGUCGCGGGGCUCGUGUUUCUAUGGUAACGCAUUUUCUCUCAUUUUUAAACAAUUAUGUAUAAAAAUAGGGGUUUUCGACCGCUUCAGUGCCAUUCUGUUAAUGACCAACAUGGAAUAUUUGGGUAAUAUUAUUAGCAAAAUACCAAGCACUAUACAUGGUACCCUAUUUUUCUUAAAGUUUAAAGUAACCAUGGCAACAGAGACGUUUAAAAUGGCUUAUAUCUUGCUUUUUGACGUAAUUUCUUAUAAAAUAAUAUUGAAUAAGAUUAUCUUUCUAGUUGAUGUAGCUUUAAAACAUAUUAUUUCUAACGUAAGUUAUAUUUUCGUGUUAUCUGCAUUUAUUCAAACAAAUUUCUAAGCUUAGAAUACUUACAGCAGUGCCCCUCGUCUGGCAUUUUUCAUGGAAAAAUCGUUCAGCAUGCUACUAUUAUUCUCAUGGAUAUUGUUGAAAUGAAAAUAAAAAGCCGAAGCUGUGUUUCUUAAAUAGACUAGUGUCAACGCUUUUGAAUUUUACAUUUAGAUACAUAGGUCACGGGCUUCGUUUCCAUGGUAACAUCAAUUCAUUAUAAGAAACCACAAUUUUUUACUGAAAUUUGAACAAUUUUAGAUCUUAGUUUUAGUAUAUAAGUAACAAAUAUCAACGGAACCUGAAAAAUAGGUAUUACAAAUGAAACUGCUAGAUUUUUUAUUUGAAAAUGGCCGUAACAAGUAACCUCUCACCCAACUAUAUUCCAAAUAACAUUGGUUACCAUCAUCCAUUUUCUUACAUUCCGCAUAACAUUUCAAUAUAACUACAUUAAAGAAGCAAAAUAUUGAUUAUUAUUCAGAGCAAAAGACUCCUAAAAAAUAUUUCAGCAAAUAAUGGUUAUUUGAAAAUAGUUUGAAUAAAGAAAAUGCACAGAAUUACAUACUUUCAAGAUAAAAGCUAUUUAUUUUGCGCGGUAACUGACACGUAACGUCAUGACGUCAAUGACGUCAUUUUAAGGCAACAUUGUUUUGAAGCGUUUCUGCGGCAAUUUAUUCAUUAUUUCUGCAUUAUUAAACCAUUAAGCGUCAGAUCGAAGACAGGUCUAUGAUUUGUUUUUAGAAGAAUGAAUAUACAAACACAUUUAGUUUGUCGUAAACGUCGUCGUAAAUCGUCACGUUAGCUUCCGGUUGGACAUGCGCACAUACAGAUAUAAAGGUAACCUACCUCCUUAAACUAUGUCAGUCAAGGCCUGGCCGAAAGCUAAAGGAACCAGAAGUCGGACAGGUUUUUGAAAACAGAUUUUGGACAUGACAUGGCCACAAAGGUUUUAUUUCAAGCUGCUUUAUGUUUGAAUUUCAUUAUGGGCAUACUGUUAGAACAAAAGGGGAGAUAAGGUUUUACUAGUAUUUAGUGAAGAGAAAGUCGAUUGUAGUAUGAGUAGUACUGCCAGGUCACAACAGUAUGGUAUGGAUGUGAUUUUACAUUACAUGACUCCAACUUUUUUAUGUCAGUUUUAUCAUAAACUUCAAAAUUAGAUAAGGAUUUGUUUUUCUAUAAUGGGUCUGAAUUUUUCAGCUUUACAUAGCAAAUAUAGGGAGUACUGACUGGGCGUAUGUGACCGUGAUCUAAUUAUUAUAUGUUGUGUGUGUAGAACUGUGUACAGAGCAACAUGUUUCAAAUAUUGUCUAGUUUUCUUCAUGUGAUUUUAAAUUCAUUAAGCAUUAUAUAGACAUUAUCUCUGACAAGCAGAUUAAAACUGGUCAUUUGACAAGACGGUGUGUUGGCGCGUUUGAACGGCGUCAACAGGCAAGAGCGACAAAAGUUAGCCCGCAAAUACAACAAAUAUGUUUUUUCUCGCCUUGGCGCGUUUAUAUAUCCUUCUGGCCAGUUGGUGGGUGCCCUUUAAGAUAAUAGACCCGUAAUAUCAUUUGGCAAUUAACGUUUUGUAGCGCAUUCUCCGUACGACAUUUCGUCAUUUUUCGUCAUUUUCCUGCUGCUAACUUUGUUUAUUCUGGCAACUAGCCAAAAAAUAGCGCAAUCUCAUGCGAAGAAUACGUUAUGGCAUGGACAUUGUAGAAUGUCACUACGGGUCCGCUACCUUAAAUGCUCAAAAUGUUUUUGUCGUUCAUGUGUGUUGGUGCGUUAUAAAGUCGCCAACAUGCCCAAAGGAUACAUUUUAGAGAGCUAAUGCAACAAAAAAUACCUGAUUUUUGCGCUGAUUUCGCGUGUUGUCUCUCCAAGCGCUUCAGCAUCCUAGCACAAUAAAUUAGCUUGCCGAUACUACAAAAAUGUUUUUGUUUUUUUUGUAGUAUUGGCGCGCUUGUUUGGAAUGUUUUGGUGUUGGUGUGUUGGCGCUCUACAAUGGCGCCAACACACCCUAACGAAAUGGCAGAAAUCAGCCACCAUAGAUAAUACUAUAGUAAUAUAUAGAUAAAAUUAAGGCAGGAAAAUGUUUACUGUUUGCGUGUUAUUUUUGGCAAAUGAUAAAAAUGUAAAAAUAUAAACAUAGUCAACGUAGCGGCCAUAAUUUUAUGUAGUGAUCUUGUCCCUUACGACACGUUAAAAACUUGAGCAGGCCAUAAUGACAAAAGAAUACCAGGAGCGUGCCAACAAAAAUUCAUAAUAGAUUGACGUGGUUCGUAAUGCCAACUAAACACCGCCGUUUUCGUUACUGUAUAUAUAGUAAUAUAUGUGCCGAGCCAUG